UUCAAGUCUUUAGCCAAUGGAGUUAUGAUCUUGUAUAUGUCAAGUAUUGACUAAGUGACUAUUAUGGCUGCCUCCUGUCAGUAUGCACUAAACAUGCAUAAGUUACCAAUCUUUCGAAUAAUCACACAUGUUCACUGUAUUUCUCUAAAUAAGUCUAGGGCGUUUCACCGGUGUGUUUUUGCGAAAGAAUUACACCAAUGUGUUCAGUAUAGCACAUGGAACAGUAAUGCGGUUCAGAAGAAAAGUGCCGUGGACUUGGGGAGCAAAAAGCUUGAAAUAUCUACGGGAAAACUUGCCAGAUUUGCAGAUGGAUGUGCUUCAGUACAGUUAGGUGACACAACAGUUAUGGUAACAGCAGUCAGUAAAACAAAAGCCACAUCAUCUCAGUUCAUGCCUUUAGUGGUUGAUUUUCGACAGAAAGCUGCUGCAGCGGGAAGAAUACCUACAAACUACUUAAGAAGGGAACUUGGAUCAACAGACAAUGAAAUUCUUACAAGCAGAAUGAUAGAUCGCUGUAUUAGACCUCUUUUUCCAGCUGGUUAUUUUUAUGAUACGCAGGUAGUGUGCAACCUUUUGGCAGUUGAUGGUGUUAAUGAUCCUGAUGUAUUGGCAGUAAAUGGAGCCUCUGUUGCACUUGCCUUGUCUGACAUUCCAUGGAAUGGACCAAUUGGUGCUGUAAGAGUUGGAAUGGUAGAUGGAGAAUUUGUUAUUAAUCCAACAAGAAAAGAAAUGACUUCAAGCACUUUGAACUUAGUUGUAGCUGGAGCUUCUCAAAGUCAAGUUGUUAUGUUGGAAGCAUCAGCUGAAAAUGUAUUACAGCAAGACUUUUGCCAUGCAAUUAAACUUGGUGUAAAGCACACGCAGCAAAUAAUCCAGACCAUCAAUCAGCUGGCAAAGGAGCAUGGUGUUGUAAAAAGGACUCCUCAGAAGUUAUUUGCUGCUCCUUUAGAAAUUGUGGAAUACACAAGACAGCUUGCAGCUGAGAAAAUAUAUGCAGUAUUUACAGACUUCAGCCAUGACAAGAUUUCCCGUGAUGAAGCAGUAAACAAAAUACGCCUUGAAACAGAAGAAAAAGUAAGAGAAAAAUUUCCAGAAGCAGAUUCAUAUGAAGUAAUUGAAUCUUUCAAUGUUAUUUCAAAGGAUACAUUUCGAAACCUUGUUCUGAAUGAGUACAGAAGAUGUGAUGGCAGAGACCUAACAUCCUUAAGAAACAUUUCCUGUGAAGUUGAUCUCUUUAAACCACUCCAUGGGUCAGCAUUGUUUCAAAGAGGACAGACUCAGGUGCUGUGUACUGUUACAUUUGAUUCAUUGGAGUCGAGUGUCAAAACUGACAUCAUUACAACACUUGUAAGUGGCUUGAAAGACAAAAAUUUUAUGUUGCAUUAUGAGUUUCCCCCAUAUGCUACUAAUGAGACUGGUAAACUAACUGGGAUUAACAGGAGAGAACUUGGUCAUGGUGCCCUUGCAGAAAAAGCUUUGAAACCUGUUGUCCCCAAAGAUUUCCCCUUUACUAUUCGAGUCACAGCUGAAGUACUGGAGUCUAAUGGGUCAUCAUCGAUGGCUUCAGCGUGCAGUGGAAGCAUGGCCUUAAUGGAUGCAGGUGUCCCAAUUUCAGCUCCUGUAGCUGGUGUAGCAAUAGGCUUAGUCACAAAAUCCAGUGCAGAGAAACCAGGAGAAAUCCAAGAUUAUCGACUUCUCACUGACAUUUUGGGAAUUGAGGACUAUCAUGGUGAUAUGGACUUCAAAAUGGCAGGCACCAGUAAGGGAAUUACUGCACUUCAGGCAGAUGUGAAAAUUCCAGGGUUACCAUUAAAAAUUGUAAUGGAAGCAAUUCAGCAAGCUACAGUGGCAAAAAGGGAAAUUCUGAACAUCAUGAACAAAACCAUUGCCAAGCCCAGACCAAACAGGAAAGAAAAUGGACCAGUAGUAGAAAAAGUUCAUGUUCCAUUAUCGAAACGGGCACGAUUUGUGGGUCCUGGUGGUUACAAUUUGAGGAAACUGCAAGCAGAAACAGGUGUUACCAUUAGUCAGUUAGAUGAAGAAUCAUUUUCUGUGUUUGCGCCUGCCCCCAAUGCAAUGAAUGAAGCUCGUGAAUUUAUUCAUGAAAUCUGCAAGGAUGAUCAAGAACAGCAGUUGGAAUUUGGAGCAGUUUAUACAGCCACAAUUACUGAGAUUAGGGAUAUUGGAGUAAUGGUAAAGCUUUAUCCAAACAUGACACCAGUGUUGCUACACAAUUCACAGCUGGAUAACAGAAGAAUUAAACAUCCCAGUGCUCUUGGACUGGAAGUUGGCCAACAGAUUCAGGUAAAAUAUUUUGGUCGUGAUCCAACAGAUGGGAGAAUGAGGCUAUCACGUAAAGUCCUACAGUCUCCUGCAACAAUGACAGUUAAAACAUUAAGUGAUAAAAGUAGUAUUUCUAUAGCACCCAACAGUUCCCCAUCAUCAGAUUCUCCCAUUUAAUUUUGAAAAUUGUAAUUAAGAUCAAACUUCAGGACACAUAUCUUACAGUACCCCCAUAGAGAGUUACUGGACAGUUGGCAACUGAAGAAUAAAUAUACUUCAUUAAAACUGUACAGAAGUUAGAAGUAUUUAAUUAUGUUGUAAAAUAAACCCUAUUUUGAUGUAUUAGACUUUUAUUUAACUGUCUGUAUAUCUGUAAAAAUGUUGAUAAAAUAUAUGUACUGUAUAACAGAAUAAACUAACAAGAUUUUUAUAAAGUUACAUUGCAUAAAUUUUCCUCAUCAUUUUGAGAAGAGACAACACAUAUUGCACAACUAAACAAUGUAGUGUUAAAUUUGUAUAAAGACAAACAGAAACAUGAGUCGGUUUUAAAACACUAGCAACACUAUCAGAGAGAGGAUGCUUAUAAGAGAAAGACACAAGUAAAAAAAAAAAAAUUAUACAGAUUACAUCCACACAGUGGCCAUUAUUUACCCAUAACUGGACUAUUUAUUUCCACCUCACCACUCUGCUGCCAUGCAACUCAGUCCUUUUACCAGAAGGCAGCUCUUCCUUGCCAUUGUAUGAGAACAGCAAGAGCUGCUGUAUGGGCAAUUUUGUGUUCAUCAUAUAUGGAAGGAGGAGUCAGAACAUGCCUGGCCAUGCAGUGCUUUCACUGAGCUUGGAAAUGAGUGUUCCCAUAAGCAUAUGCUACAAGCUAGGUAAUGCUGACAUGUACCCACCCAGCUUCCCCAUAUCACUAUCUUGGACAUUGUAGCGUUACAUCUUUACUUAAAUCUAGUUUCUAGCCUUCAACAAUGGAUGUUAUUACAACAGGAGUGAGUUGCACCUUCCUCCUUUGAAAGAAGAGCAAAUCUUUGGCUGCUUAGUCUAUUCUAGCCACUGGAUAGCGCCUCAGCAACUAUACUGCUUUUAGAGUCAGGGUCAGAAAUAGUGCAGACAGAACCUUAUCCUCUACACCAGCAAACCAGCAGGCAGAGAAUCUGCUAAUGUUCAUGAAAAGAAAGCAUGGAUACUAAAAAUUUUUGAAUUUUAUGGCAAGUAUAUUUCUAUUGAGCAGAAAGCAGAGUAAAAUGAAACCAGAGAAAGUCCAUGAAAAGAAAUGUGUAAAAGGCAUCCAGCUGUCAUAAUACAAAAUCAAAUAUAAUGUACAUAGUGAGUUUCUCUACAGGUUUUCUUGAAACUGCCCAAAAUGUAACUAUAGUGUGCUGCAUCAUUUGCAAUGAAAUGUUGGUUCUGAUAUGUAAUAUCUUGUAUUCAUUUAUGUUUUCUGUGCACUCAAAAAAGUAGUGGUUUUUAGAAGUUAAAAUAAACUUUUAUUUGUUUGCACAAGUCA